AAUCACUGCAAAAUCCCUUUUGCCCCCAAUUGUUUUUCAGAAAGCUGUGAAGACGAAGAAGUUUCUGAAUCAAUGGCUCAAGCAGCGAGAUUAAGCCUGAGAAUGCAGAAAGAGCUAAAGCUUCUCCUCUCCGAUCCACCUCACGGCGCUUCGUUUCCACAUCUCUCUUCCGCCGCCAAUGGCUCCGGCGAUUUCUCCACUUUCUCCACCAUCGAUGCUCGUCAGCUUUUCUUCAUAUCCUCUUUUUUCAAUUUUCAAAUUCAAAUCUGUUUUGAUAUUCAUGAUUUUUUUCCAGAAAUCGAAGGUCCUGAAGAUACUGUAUAUGCUAAUGGAAUCUUCAAUUUGAAGAUUCAAAUCCCUGAGAGGUAAUCUAUCAAACUCGAUUCUGGUGUUUGAUGAUUUGAAUCUGAAUGUGAAUUUGGCUCUAUUAGAUAUCCAUUUCAGCCACCAAUUGUGUCGUUCGCUACACCGAUUUAUCACCCAAACAUCGAUAACAGUGGCCGGAUUUGCCUUGACAUUCUAAAUCUCCCUCCCAAGGGAGCUUGGCAACCAUCGUUGAAUAUCUCGACAGUUUUGACGAGUAUGAGAUUGUUGCUUAGUGAACCAAAUCCUGAUGAUGGAUUGAUGUGUGAAGUAAGCAGGGAGUAUAAAUACAAUAGACAAACUUUUGAUUAUAAGGCACGAGAGAUGACUGAGAAGUAUGCUAAGGUUAAAGCUGAUGGAUGCAGCACCAGCUUACAAAUUAAGAAUCAUGGAGAUGAGAAGUCUGGUGAAAGUGGAAAUAGUGUUAAGCUUAAGUUGACAGUGGAAUCUUCUUUAAGCAUAGCACAUACAGUGAAACGUGAGACUGCAGGGAGAGAUGAACAAGAGGAUGGCAAUGGGAAAAGAAAAGCAGUGGUUGGUUUUGGCGAGGGGAAUUCGUUUGGAAACGAUGGGAUUAAAAGGAGUAGGAAGAAGUUAUCUCUUGCAUUGCCUUCUCAAUCUCAAAAGAAAGACUUGUGUGGUGAAGAAGAGCUCACACGUGGUGUUUCAGCUGCUUGCAAAGAAAACAAAAAACCAAAUUUGAAUGGAAAGAAGCUUUCUCUGGGGCUGAAGCAGCCAUGUAAUGAUACUUUGGCGAGUUUUCGAACUUCUGCUGCGAAGAGUGACAACAAUAGACUAAGCCGAAAACUGUCCCUGAGAUCACCACUUGGAGAGUUGAAUGAAGUUAGCAAACCUGAGGUACUUGCGCAAACUGAUAUGAAACUGGAGAUGAAUCAAAAUGAAGAUGCAAGAAGUUUGCGAGGUGAGUUUGAGAAUUCGGUAUUGGAAGAAACAUCAAUGGCUGAAUCCAUUGUUGUUCUAGACAGUGAUGAUAGUGGACAAGAAGAAGAAGAAAGAGUCUCUUCUUCGAGGUCAAGAUUAUCACUGGCAAAGAGGAGAGUCCUCAAAUGUAGACCUUGAUAAGUGAUGAAAACUGUUUUUUUUGUUUUUUUUUGUUGUUGUUGUCAAUGUAGAUCAGGAUGUUAUUUAUAAUUAGAGCUUAUGAUUAGUAACCUUGAAAUGAAAAUGAGAUUAGAAAAUCUGAAAAUG